AUGACAGCGGCUCCGAUUCGUUCUUGUCUAAUUUUUGCCUUGUUCACAAUAGGAUUUUCGGCGGACGAAAACGAAAUAUGUGCUCCUCUCCUCGACAUAGCUUUCGUUUUGGAUGCAUCCGGUAGCACUGAAGAGAUUUAUAGCGAACAAGUGCGUUGGACUGCUGCUCUAAGUGAUGUGCUUCCUAUACAUCCAGAUGCUGUACGAUUAGCAACGAUCCAAUAUGCUGGAUAUCCUCUUACCGAAUUCGGUUUAAACACCUAUGCUGAUAGAGAUGAUGUUGUUCGACAUCUACAAGAUAUGUCCUUCCAAUCCGGUGUCACCAGAACUGGAUAUGCGCUAAGAAGAGCUGAAAACGAAUUGUUUGAGGAGGAUCGAGGAGCCCGGAACAAUGCAUCUAAGAUUGUGGCCUUAUUUACGGAUGGUUUAUCCAUAGACGAUCCUUUGAAACCGUCCGAGUACUUGCGUAAAAAGAAAGGUGUGAAAAUAUACGUGGUGAGCGUGAGUGCUGAUGGCUUCAUCCCUGAAAUGCAGCGAAUCGCUGGAGAUAGUUCGAAUGUUUAUGGGCCGGAUGAUCUACCGUUAUUCAAGGAACGACUUCUCAAAGAUGUGGAAGAUGCGAGAGUUUGUGAAAGCGAGAUUACGGGAAUCGCUUCUUCUUCGGUUUCAACAACAGAGGCGGACAUCAUAAAAUCAACGGAUCUAACAGAUGUACCAAUUAUCGAAAUGUCGACUGAGAAAUUAACGACCAUAGAAAUCCCAUCAUUCACCUCAUCUGAGGAUAUUACCACCCUAUUACAUGAUAAUGAAGUGAAAACGAAAACACUACUGCAUUCGGCAGAUACUCGAACUACUCCAAUGUCACCAAAUGAAAUUUUCGAAAACGUUCUACAUAGUGUGGAAAGUGCGUAUCCCAACUCCGUGCUUGCUGAGGUUCCAAGUGCAGUCAUAAAUGCGAAACAUGAACUGAAGCUGCUCAGUAGUGGCCACAGCAGCUCAGUGAUCAGUGGUCAAUCGUCAUUACCGAAUCCACGAAAAACCACUCUAGCGACUGUGAAACCAUCGUCGCAAUCCACAGUUGCGAGGACAUUAACCUCAUCCACAAGGCCACCUACAACUAAAACCACAACUACAACUACAACUACAACUACAACCACAACUACAACCACAACUCCUAUAACCAGACCACGUAUCGUAUCCCGAGCAUUUGCAUCAAAAACAUUUGGAGGAAACGGAAUCCAAACUUCUAAAUGUUCUCUUGAUAUUCUUUUCGUUGUUGACAGUUCUGGUUCGGUCGGAGAAAUAUAUUUGAAGCAAAAGGAAUUCUUAUCCGAACUAUUGCAAUCAAUACAACCGGAGAAUCAAUCACAUCGUGUAGCGCUUAUACAAUUUGCUGGCGCAAAAUUACAGAAAACAGAAUGGUCUUUUGAUAGUUUUCACAAAAGCACAGAAAUUAUAAAAGCUUUCAAUGGUGUACGUCAUUUUACAGGAACUACUUAUAUUGGAGCAGCACUCGAACUUGCUCGACAAUUACUGGAAAAAAGAAGACCUGACGUAAAGACGGUGGUUGUUCUACUUAGUGAUGGAUUCUCUCAAGAUGAUGCUACACGACCAGCUGAUGCUAUUAGAGCGAUAAAAAAUGUGGAAUUCUAUGCAAUUAGCCUAUCGCCACUCAGUAACAAGAACUAUUUAAACCAACUAGUGAAGGACGAACGAAGAAUGGCUAUGGAUAACGAUACCAGUUACUUACGUAAUCAUUUAAGGUCAAUAUUCUUUUGUAACAAGUAA